GGAGCAGUUUGAGAGUUUCCCAACAGAAAAACCUGUGAGAGAGGACAGCCUCGGGCUUAGGCUUAAACAGUCUCUCUCAGUUUCAUAACACAUUUUUCUUCCCACAUCCCACAAUUUAAACCCCUUCCAACCUCCACCAUUGCUUGGAUUUACAAUUAAAGAAGAAAAGAAGAAACCUCAAGCAUGGCAGCCCCUCCACAAAUCGCGGUUGUGGGAGCCGGAAUAUUCGUAAAAACCCAAUACAUCCCGAGACUCGCCGAGAUCUCGCAUCUCCUCUGCCUCAAAUACAUCUGGAGCCGUACACAGGAAUCUGCCAGAGGAGCUGUUGAGUUAGCGAAGCAGCAUUUCCCUGGAGUGGAAUGUAAGUGGGGAGACCAAGGUCUAAACGACAUCAUUCAAGAUGCUUCUAUUCUUGGUGCUGCUGUCGUUUUGGCUGGCCAAGCUCAGGUAGAUAUCUCACUGAAGUUGCUAAAAGGAGGGAAGCAUGUCAUUCAAGAGAAACCUGCAGCAGCUAGCACAACUGAGAUAGAAACUGCACUUUCUAGUUACAAAUCCAUUUGCAGCAACCCUGGUCAACCAAUUUGGGCUGUAGCAGAAAACUAUCGAUUUGAACCUGCCUUUGUAGAGAGCAAGAAACUAAUUGCUGACAUUGGGGAUAUGAUGAAUGUCCAAAUUAUCAUUGAAGGUUCGAUGAAUAGUUCAAAUCCUUAUUUCUCUAGCUCUUGGAGGCGAAAUUUUGAGGGAGGUUUUAUUUUGGAUAUGGGCGUGCAUUUCAUUGCUGGUUUGAGGAUGAUGGUUGGUUGUGAGGUGACUUCGGUAUCGGCUAUAACCUCUCAUAUAGAUACAACUUUACCUCCUCCAGAUAUCAUUUCUUCUAAUUUUAAGCUGGAGAAUGGCUGCUCUGGAGUCUUUGUGAUGGUUGUAUCCUCGAGUUCACCUAAGGUAAUUUGGCGAGUAGUCGGCAUGAAAGGAACAGUACAAGUUGAGCGUGGAAAACAAGAGGGAAGGCAUGGUUACCUGGUUUCACUAUACAGUGCAGAUGGGCAAUGCAAAAGCACAUUCUACCCAUUCUGUGGAGUACAUGAAGAAUUAAAAGCUUUUAUACAUGACAUUCUACGGGCGACCCUGAAGGAGGGAAGUGGCUAUGAAGCUGAACCUCGCAGCUCAUAUGUGGAAGGUGCGAGGGAUGUUGCUGUGUUAGAGGCAAUGCUUGAAUCUGGAAACAAGGGUGGAGCCUUGGUUCAUGUGAAAAAAUUGUAGGUUGAGCAUGGCCAUGGAUCUCGACUGCCGACAAAAGUUUAUCAGUAAGAAUAUGGAUUCACAAACUCUUUUACAAGAUUGUCACUUUAAUGAAGCAUUCAGGGUUGAUAAAAUUGAAGGAACUCAUAGAGGGAACCUUGGAACAAUAAAAAUAGGGUGUAGAAACCAUAGAAAUGGGUAUAAUUGAAUAAAAAUGAGAAAAUGUUUUCUCCAUCUCUGCAA